UACCAUUUCCACGCCCACGCUUCCCCUGUUUCCCAUUUGCGCCUUUGGAGCGACGACGACAUUUUUGAGCCGCAACCACACCCGCCCUUGGCACAAAGUCACGACUUGGGAGCUGAUCCCUCUCCGCUUCAGUCGCCGCUACUGCAGCCCAGGGUGUGCGCUACUCCCCUACCACGUUGCAUCCCACCAAGAGCUCAUUCACCUCGCUCUCCAGCCUUGCGACACACACGCGCGCUUGGACCGAACGCCACAAACCCUGACCCUCAGCAUCACGCCUCUCAGCUCUUCCACUUAACCACAACCCACAACCUAUCACCCACGCCCGCACACACACAGACGUAA